AUGCGAACGCGAUAGAUAUAAGGCAACACGAGAGUCGUCCUCUUCCUCUUCCCCCGCACCUUCUUCCUGCCCUUCCCCUUCUUCUCCCUCGCCCCGCUGCCCCCAAAUCCGCGGCCCCUCGCGAUCCCCAACAGCGCGCCGCCGCCGAUCCCGCCGGGACCCAGGCCCUCUCGCCCGAUCCGCCGCCGCGCUGGCCUCCCCGCGCUCCCCCCAAACCCUAGGUAGGUGAGGGGGGGUUGCGCGCGCGGAGGAGGGAUGGAGGCGCUGGUGGGGCGGGCGGUGCGGAAGGCGUUCCCGGGGUACGGCACCUUCGCGGGCGUCGUGGAGUCGUACGACCCCGGCGCGGGAUACUUCCGCGUGCUCUACGAGGACGGAGACUCCGAGGAGGUCGACGCCGACGAGAUGGCCCAGAUUCUCGUCGGUCCCGCGAUGCCGAGCGCUCUGCAGCAGCUGCAACACACCCCGCCGCGGGACUCCGCCGGGUGGCGCCCCAAGAAGCGCCGCCGCGGAGACGGCGAUGGCGACGAGGACGACACAUCCCCGACCCCGACCCCCGACGGCGUCGUGCUGGCCGUCCCCGCCACCACGAGUGAGGAUACCGAGCCCGCGACGCCCGCCGCGGCGAGCGGAGGGCACGCGGCGGCGGAGAAGAAGAGGAGGGUCAGCCCUGGGCCCGAGUCGUCCAGGCCCCUGCGGCGAAGUGCGCGCCAGGCGAAGGCGGCUGAGCGCGCGGCUGAGAUGGAGGCCGCGGCGGCCGUGGCGGCUGCCGCGGAGGCCGAGGAGGAGGCUGCAGCGGCUGUGGCUGCUUCGACGCCCCAGCAGUCUGGGAGGAAGCGGCCUCGCGCGAACGGGAGUGGACGGUACCGCUCCGUGUCCAGGGAUUUGGAGGAGGCCGCGGUGAAGGAACUGCCGCCCAAGCCUGAGCUGCCACCCUCAUCGCAGGGUCUGGAUUUGGGCGGCCUCCCUGUUCUCGAUGUCUUUCAAGUCUACUCCUGCUUAAGGUCAUUCAGCAGGCAGUUGUUCCUCAGCCCGUUUUCACUGGAGACAUUUGUGGCUGCUCUGCGGUCCACCUAUGUCAACUCGUUGAUUGACUGGGUGCAUUUCGCUCUGCUGCGGGCUCUCAGGAGCCACCUGGAGGACUUCGCCAAUGAAGGAGACCCGUCGGCGGUGCACUGCAUUAGGAAUCUUAACUGGGAGCUGUUAGACCUAGCAACUUGGCCAAUCUAUCUUGCUGAAUACUUGCUAACCAGGGGCACAGAAUUGAGGUAUGGUAUGAAGCUUACAGAUUUAAGUCUGCUGAGUACAGAGUACUAUAGGCAGCCUGCAGGGGUAAAACUUGAGCUGCUGCGAUCACUCUCUGAUGAUGUGCUGGAGAUUGGGGCUAUACGGUCAAGGCUGUCAGAGUCAGAUGGAAACGAUGAGGGCUUCAGAGGCACUGGUGUAAGAAGAAAAAAGAGGGGCUCUUCUGCUAAGGCUGCAGUGGAUUCUUCUCAAUUUCCAGAAGGAUCUGCUGAAAUGGAUGAUGGAAACAGUGAUGAAUGUUACCUUUGUGGCAUGGAUGGCAAUUUGUUAUGCUGUGAUGGCUGUCCAGCUGCAUUUCAUUCGAAAUGUGUGGGGGUGGUGGAGGAUCUUUUGCCUGAAGGUGAUUGGUAUUGUCCUGAGUGCUUAAUACAGAAGAAUGAUGGAUCUAGAAAUAUUACAAAUCCUAUGAGAGGAGCAGAGACUCUAGGAACCGAUCCACACGGCCGACUAUACUUUUUCACCUGUGGCUAUCUUUUGGUGGUUGACUCAUGUGAUGGGAUCUCUCCAUGUUAUUAUUAUGGUCAGAUCGAUCUUCAUCCCCUUGUUAGAGUUUUGAACGCAUGUCAUCCUUUGUACAGCUCAAUGGUUAACACAAUUUCUUCAUUUUGUGGUACUGCAAUCAAGUCAUCCAAUCUUAACAGUCGUUACCAGAGUAGCAGGGAAUGUAGUACAUCUGAUGCUGAGACAGACUUAAAACAUUUAUCACUAUUGAAGCAACCUAGUGAGCACGAUCAGUUUAAGGUAGACCAAGGAAACUCCUUUGAACACUUGGAUUCUGGAAAAGUUUGCACCUCAAAUUCUAAUGAUUUGGAUCAAGAUUUGUCACAGCAUAGCAUUAAACUAAGAUCUUCACUUAUGUCUCGAAGUGGAAAUGCUGCCGAAGGUGUUUCGAAUCAAAUACCUCAAAAUAGAUCCUCUAGUGAUAAGAAUGAUAACUGCAAUUCCCAAAAAGAUAUUGUUUAUUCACGUGCUAAUGGUUCGCUUGCAGAAAUUCAGAAAGAUUCACCACCUAAGGAAAAACCAAGAGGUUGGCAGCUCCAUUCUGAUCCUGCUAGGUACAUAAACUAUUACAGUUUCGGUCAAAUAGCAGCUAACGCUGCUGAAGAGCUAAAACACAAGCUGUCUGAAAACAAGGACGGGAAGAAACCUGUUCAGGAUGUACUCUCGUUUCAUCUGAGAACAAUAUGUAAAAAGUAUGCUAACAUUUUUGCACUAACUGAUCAAAAGCUUUCUGCUGAACUGCUUAAAGAAAAAUGUGGAUGGUGCAAUUCCUGCCAAAUUAGUGGUGGCGUCGAUUGCAUUUUCAGAGUAACUGAUAUUAAGUACAUGGAAGGCCCUAAGCCACAUACUCUUGAUCUCAGAGCAGAAAGUAAUAUGGAUAGCCAUAUCAUCCUUGCUAUGCAUAACAUUUUGUCAAUUGAAGAAAGGUUGAAUGGUUUGCUGAGUGGCCCUUGGCAAAAUCCACAAUAUAGCAUUUGUUGGCGCGAGACGGUUCUCAAGGCUUCAGAUGUGUCAUCACUUAAGAAGCCUCUUCUAACGCUAGAGUCCAGUCUGCGACGUGUUGCCAUUACUGCAGAAUGGCAGAAACCAGCAGACUCUGUUGAAGUUGUUGGUUCGGCAGCUCAUAUUUUGGUCCGCUCGUCUAAUAAAUCUCUAAGUCAUGGAAGUGCUAGAAAGCCAGGGAGAAAGCCGUCCCCUAAUGGUGAGCUUAAAGUUGACUCUCGAGAUGUUGGUGUUUAUUGGUGGAGGGGUGGAAAAUUAUCUCGUCAAGUGUUUCAUUGGAAGAGGUUGCCUCAGACAUUGGUCAACAAAGCUGCUCGGCAAGCUGGACGUAGGAAAAUUCCCACGAUUUUAUACACCGAUGGUUCACAAUUUGCGCGGAGGUUCAAAUACAUAGCCUGGCAAGCUGCUGUGGAAAUGGCAGAAAAUGCUGCCCAGCUCAUUUUGCAGAUUAAAGAACUUGAAUGGAAUAUCAAGUGGACUGAGAUACUGAGCACCCUCCCUUCUAGCCUCAUGACCAAAGAAACACAGAAAAUAGCUAGGCUUUUUAAGAAAGUUAUAAUUCGCAGGAAACGAAUUGAAGGAACACAUGUUGAAUAUCUGCUUGAUUUUGGAAAGAGGGAGAACAUUCCUCCUGUUAUUUCUAAACAUGGAACAAAACUUGAGGAACCCUCCAGCGAGAGGAACAGGUACUGGUUAAGUGAAGGCCAUGUCCCUCUGAAUCUGUUGAAGGCUUAUGAAGCUAAAACAUUUGCUCGUUUACUGAAAAAGAAAGAAACUGAUGAACUACCUAAGAAGACUAAGAAAAUGCGUGUCCCGAAACCAGAAAUGCCAAGAAAGACAGGCUUUGAUUACCUCUUUGAAAAAGCAGAAAAGAGAUCCACCAUGUUUUGUGGUCAUUGUCACAAAGAAGUGAUUGCAAGUGAAGCUGUUAACUGCCAGUAUUGUGAAGUUAUUUUCCAUAGAAAACAUUUCAAGGUCCCUAGAGGUGCCAAAAAUGCUGUUUAUGUUUGCAAUAAGUGCUUAGAUGAGAAGGUCUUAAAGGUGGAGUCUCCUCAGAAAAAGGCUGCACCAAAGAAGCCAUCUCCCAGAAAGAAGCAGAAGAAACAAAAUAAGCAGAAGCAAAAGAAGCAAUCACGCAAGAUUGAGACCAGGAGGAAUCAGAUAGUUCUGAAAUACAAAAAGAAAAUUGGCAAAAAGGGUAAGCGUGGCCGGCCCAGGAAGAACCCACCAGAUCUUUCAAAGAAUGAAUCAUCAAAGAUUCUUGAAAGUGAACCAUCAAAUGUUUCCAAAAAUGAACCAGUGAAACGUAUAUCAAAACGAUUGUAUGAUAAAUACAUGAAAGGUAACUCAAAUGUAUCCGAGAAUGCAGCUAGCUCUCGCAAGAGGAAGAGGACUGCUUUGCAGUAUUCAUACUGGUUGAAUGGCCUUCGAUGGACACAAAAUCCACAUGAUGAACGGGCAAUAAGUUUUAGGAAAGAAAGAGUAGUUUUUCCAUCAGAAGAAGCUGAAAUUUCUGAAGUCAGCCCAGUAUGCUGCCUUUGUGAGAAAUGCUAUUGUGACGAGGAUAUUUAUAUUGCCUGUGAAAAAUGUGAAGACUGGUUUCAUGGGGAUAUAUAUUCUGUUACUAUUGAGAAUGUGAACAAUCUUAUUGGUUUCAAGUGCCAUAGAUGCCGCCUGAGAAGUCUACCUGUCUGCCCAUAUGCUGAGACUGUAACAAUUCUCAAAGGUCAGUCAGAUAAGGAUCAUGGCAUCAAGUUUGUAGAUAACAGUGUUGACAAGUUUGUGGAGGAUGAGGAUCCCAAUUGUCCAAAAGAUCUUGGUGCUCUGGGUAGUCUGCAAGAGCUUCAUGAUCAUGACAUCGAGCGAAGGCUCAAUGGUCAUAUUACUGAGAUAGAAUUCAGUUAUAAUAACUGUCUAGAGGAGCUGAAUGAUCAUGGCAGUUUGAAAGAGUUUGAUGCUCAUAGCACUGAGAAAGAUCUGGAGGAUGAUGAGAGUUUGAAAAAGUUAGACACCCAUAAUGAGUUGAAGGAGCUUGAUGAUCCUGGCUCCAAGAAAGAACCUGGUGAUCAUUAUUGUCCAAAAGAUCUCAACAGUGACACCAAUCUGAAAGAUCUUGACAACUGUAGGACGGACAAAGAGAUUAAGAAUAAUAAUUGCCUGAAUGAACUAGAUGGAGACAACAAUUGGAAAGCACUUGACAGCUAUAACAGUCGGAAACUGCUCGACAGCCAUAACAGUCAAGAGGAGCUUGACUGUACUACAAAUAGCAAGUUUUCUCCUAAAGAAAUACAAUGUCCUAUGGAACUUGAUGGUUUUCGUAGCCUGAAGCUUGUCAAUCAUAAUGUUUUGGAAGAGCUUGAUAAUCAUAAUUUUCUAAAAGAGAGUGGUAAUAAAAAUAGUUCUAAAGAGUUGGACAAUAAUGAAAGUCCAAAAGAUUCAGGUGACUUUCUAGCAGAACACUUCAACAACAUUAGGAUAUCUGGCAAAGAGGCACUUGUCAUUACACCUGAAACUGAUUCAGUAAAUGAAUCUCUUGGUUUGCAAUCAAAGGAUGAUUCUGGGAAGUCUGUUCCUACUGGGCAUGAGAUUGACCUUCAGGUGGUGGUGACUUUAUAAUGUACCUUCGACAGUCAGAAGAAACCUUCCAACCUCAGCAUGAGUGCCCUUAGCUCCACUGGUCAUUUCUUGGUGUUGCUCUGGUUGAAAGGUUCUGUUGACUAUCAACCUAAAUUGUCUCAUUGCAGUAAUCUACAUUUUAGAAUAAGGAAAAAAAAAGCUGUUUUUGGAUUUCCUUUGGGAAAUAGUCUGAUCUGACUGGCCAAGCGAUAGGAUAAUUAACUCUUGAGGCUAAGCUGUGUUAUUCUCAAUAGGGCUGACAUAGGGAAUAGUUAGUGCCUCAUUUCCUUCCCACGUUUCACAUUGCCUAUCAGAAUAUGGAGUCAUUUUGCCCAAGAUUAUGCAUUGAUUUUAAUAUCUCUAAGUGCAAGUGGCUGGUAUUUGGCUGCCCUGCAGUAAUAUAUAUGAUAUUCAAGGGAGAUAGCAGUCACAACCGCCGCUAAGCAUGAGGAGGCAUAUCCCUUUCCCCAUGAUUUUUUUUUGUGGAUUUAGAUAUUGCACCAGAUCGACAAGCCAACCUGAUGAUUCAUUCUUUCGACUUGCUCCUAACAGUUAGUUGCAACUGUUAUCUGUAAAUGCUGCAAGGGAACUCGUCUUGACAGAGUUAAUUAGAUUUUGUAUAGGUUUGCAUUAGCCAUCUAGUUACAGAGUUAACUCUAGCAUGGAAUCGGUUUGGACAAAUGCUGUUUUGCUCCCUUGGUUACAUCCCGCUUCAGUGACGUUACAGAAGCUAACAAUCCACCAAUACUGCUAGAUGUAUAUCAAUCUGUUAGAUUAUGAUCGACUCUUCGCGACAUUGCGCGUGUUCUUUUGGUAAAAAGAGUGGUUCUUGUUUA